AUGAACCCAUGGAGUAGUCCGUGGGAGGAAACGGCGCCCAGUGCAGAUGCGCUGCAUGGCGUGCCACGGGGCGACGUGCAUGAGGAGCGUGUGCAGUCCGUUCCGGAGCCCGACGAUCCGUGGGGCCAGCUGCAGGCUGAGCAUUUGCGCUUGGCGCCGCGUGCGCCGAGGUUAGAUUUGCCCGCGCCUACGCCCGCGUUCUCUGCCAUGACGCUCGAUCCUGGCGUUGCACAGCUCACGACAGAGGCCGUUGCGAUUGAGGAUAAUGUAUGGGGCGAUGGAAAUACGGUAGCGACACGGACGUGGGCGGCAGCAGAGGCAGAGGCAGCAGGGACAGGGACAGGGACAGAGACAGCAGAGGCAGAGGCAGAGGCAGAGGCAGCAGAGGCAGCAGAGGCAGCAGAGGAUACAGCGGCGGCGCAAGGGGAUGCACGCUCUGAAGCGUACCCAGUCUCCGAUCCGCCACGCGAUGCUACAUCGUUACCAGCGCCACCCGCCGACUCCGGCCCGUCCAAGCUAGCGAGGCUCAGCGCCGCAGUAGCGAGCUGGCGAAAACCGCGGCCUACGCCAAAAGAGGAGAAGGAAAUUGCGGCGCGAGCCCAAGGAUGGCGCCAAGUCGAGUCGCCGAAACCCACUUCCUCGUCGCUGAGCGGCUGGCUCUCGCAGCGCAACACAAGCACGUCGGAACCACAACCCACGCCGGCCAUGCCCGCCUCUUUGCACGGCACCGAGCACAAUGCUGCUGUUGAUCCGUGGCUUCAAGGCGCGCCUACGACGCUGCCCGUGCAAAACACUGCGGCAGUGCUGAGCGCGUCGGACUUGAGCUGGCUCGACGCCGCGUCUGCUCCGCAGCGCGCCGACCCCGUCGUCGAAGGACGGUACCCCGGCGCGUACACAAGCACGGUUGCAGAUGAAGCGUUGGAUUAUACCAAAGGCCAGCCGACGCUCUUUGCGUACGACGAGUACGCAGUCGAGGAACAAGCCGCCGCCGACGCGCCGCAGGCGUACCACUAUGCGACGUACCAGGACGAGGGAACGGAGACGGUCGGCAAAAUGCACGACGUACCUGCACGCCCGCGUAUUCUUGCUGGACCCGCUGCGAAGCGCACGCCAAGCGCUAUGGCGCCGCAGCGGCGAACAACACAGCCGCCGCCACCGCCACCGCCGGCGGCGCUAGACUUGGACAGGCUGGAUGCAUUGCGUCCAAGGCCAGCGGUGAAGCCCAAGCCACUCGCACCGCCACCGCCGCCCGCAUCAAAAGUGCUCAAUCGCGCCUUAGGGAAUGCGCGCAAUGUGCGUGUGGCGCCAGCAGGGCCGCCCCUUACCAACACGGCUCCGCUGCAUCCUGCACCGGCCAAAGCAAGCGCGACGCGCGGCACCGCCAACGGCAACGGCAAGCUAACCGAGGCGGAUUUGCAUUUCUUCGAAGGCCUAUAG